AUGAUUCUGUCUACCUAUCACACCAUCCAGUCUGUUUUCUGCUGCUGCUGCUGCUGCACAGUGCAAAAAAGAGCAAUGAGAACAAAAAUGGACCUGGACCCUGAUACUGGCCUGGUGACCCAGUACUCAGCCUCACAACCAGACGUUUCUUAUGCAUCUGCUUGGAAGCACAGGCGUAAGAGGCAAUUGCAAUUAAAGAACAAGCCGUUACCUCCUCUACCUGCCGAGGCGUUGGAAGACUACACAAAAAACCCCAGAGUUAUUGCACUCUAUGACUUUUUUGCUAGAGGACCCUCGGAUUUGCCGCUCAAGAAGUCAGAAGAAUACAUUAUCCUCGAACAGUAUGAUCCCCACUGGUGGAAGGCAAGAGACCAACAUGGGAAUGAAGGUCUAAUUCCCAGCAACUAUGUUACUGAGAACAAGAAAAGUAAUUUAGAAAUAUAUGAGUGGUACUGCAAAAACAUAAACAGAAGCCAGGCAGAACUUCUCUUGCGACAGAAGUCCAAAGAAGGCACAUUUGUUGUCAGAGAUUCAAGCCAACAGGGACUUCUUACGCUGUCCAUGUAUUCACGGAUUAAAGGAAGUCAUAGUGGAGAUAUUCGACAUUAUCAAAUUAAGAAAAACCACUUGGGACAAUAUUAUGUAGCAGAAAAAUAUCUCUUUUCAUCUGUUCCUGAACUCAUCGAGUACCAUCAACACAAUGCUGCAGGUCUUAUCACUCGUCUCCGACAUCCUGUUGGAUCAGCUGGAUAUUCUUCACCAGCAACAGCAGGAUUUAGUUAUG